UCCGUCAGUCGCACUUGGAGCCUUGCACCGGCUGCAGCCUCGUGCCUCUGCCUCUGGCUGUGCAAUUGCAUUCGCACGAGUACACCAUUUUCUUAAAGAUAUUCGGACGACCGAUUCGUUAUCAGUGCCUCGAGGACCCAGCCGGUGAAUUCGAUCUAGAAUUAGAUUAUGCUCGAGAAUCGAGCCGUCGGGAAUCUGAACUCGAGGGCCCGGCUCACGAUGCAAUAUCCGAACAUCGAUUUGCAAGAGGGAAGAAGACUGCGGAACGUGCGUAGAAGACUUUUCCAGGACGACGAGGUCGAUACGGGACGACGAUCCGGCAUCGAAGACAAUCUGGCGAAUUGUUUUUUCGAAGAGGCACGGAAGAACCGAGAGAACGCUAAACAGAGAUGGAAUUUCGAUUUCGAGAAAGAAGAACCUUUGCCCGGCCGUUACGAAUGGGUGAAACUCGAUCAGGACCGAAACGAAAUUCGUAAUCCAUUGGAGUCGUGCAAUCGGGUGGAAAAUAUACAAGCCGUGCAGAAGGACGACCACGUUACGAUUGCGGGACAUUCGGAAGACAAAGACGAUGAGAACAUGACCGACAGUACAUGAAAAUAGUGGCGAGACGAUUCGUUCGUUUUGGGAUUCUUUGUUGAAGAAGGAAUCGGUAUUCCAAUUCGAACGAAACGAGUGAUACAGAGGCCGAGAGAUCGAUGAAAUUUUAGGUAGAAAUUGUCGAGUCGUCGUCGAAUAGAACAUAAAUUUUACCUCUAGUCAGAGUGGACAUGAUCAAAUGUCCGAGGAGCUAGUAAACCAAAGUUACGAGUUUCAACAUAAACGAAAGAAUUCGACUUUUAAUGGCAAUUUGGAAAUCGAAAGUCGUAUGCCGUGAUAUUUGUUAUUGUAUUAUUUAUACCAAUUUUAUAGUGCCCGUAUAUAAUUAUUUAAUUAGAUAUUUAUUGAAGAACAGCGUGCAAUACGCGUGAUUAACGAACGAAUGAUAUUAUAUAUUGUGAAUAAAUUAUAUAAAAAUGACUGUACUUUUUAUAGA